AAAUGCACAACAAAAACACAGCACAGCACACGGUCUCCUUUGACAUUUUCCGAUUUUACACACAGGGAUUUCCUCCAGAAUCGUGUAAACAUAUUUCAGCCUCCAAUCUCGAGUCUCGGUGCCGCCCCACUCAGUCCAUCUCGACUUACUCUCCGGCUGCCACCUUAUCUCUCCUCCUCUGACGCUCUUCCUUCCUCCCCUGCCCUGCACAGCCUGGUCACAUCGAGCCGCAGUCCAGCCUAAAGCCGCCGGCCGCUGUACAUCGCGUUAGUAUCCAAGUGGAAUAUGCGAGGCACUGAGCCCGCGCUCCGACGCUCCAAUGGAAACACGCUGAAGACGGUCAUCUCUGCACCCACCUGAUUGUUAGAAGUUAGCUUCUCUGACCGCUGCAUGUUAACAAUGCUCCCUCGCAUCUGUACCCUGCUUCCUCUCCUCCUCGUAUCUGAUGCUGUCUUGGACGUCACAUUCAUUGCAAACAUGCAGACUAAGGAGACAAAGGACUUCUACCUGUCCUGUAUCUCCGGAGAGCGAGACCCUGGCAAAGAGGGGCACCUCCAAAUCCAAAAAGACAACAGCAUCAUCAGGGUGGUAAAUCCCUCCAAACUGUCCUUCAUCAAGAAGACUGAGGGGGAGCUCCAGGUCACAGAUUUCAUCCACCUCGGUUACUGGGGGAUUUUCUACUGCAUCGCCAAGACGUCAACUGAACAAACCAAAAUUCCUCUCAUCAAUAACAGUCCAUCAGCUGUGUUCCAGCCCAGAGCCUUCUCUGUCACGGCCAAUAGAGGUGACAACGUACUGCUUGCAGUCCAGGUGGUGGCCCCCAAGUCAAAUGACAUCCUGUGGAAAUUUAACGGAAACUACCUUCAUACAAGCUUCAACUCUGAAAUAGUCAAUAAAUCAGCAGAGCACAGGAUUGAAAAUGUUUCGGAGAAUAACACGGGCAUCUAUAGCACCUCCUUCAUGGGCGAAAGCCCUUUGUACGGCACAUUCUGGAGACUGAUCGUGAGGGGGUGCCCGGCUCAGAAAUGGGGCAGCGACUGCAAGAAGGACUGCCAGGAAUGUCUGAAUAGGGGCAUCUGUAAUGAAAAGGAUGGAGACUGCAUCUGUCCCCCGGGCUUCAUGGGGACCCGCUGUGAAACAGCAUGCAGAGAUGGAAUGUUUGGUCGUAACUGUCAGAAGUCGUGUGGUCAUGAGAGGAACUGCAAGGGUCUCAUGUUCUGCCUGCCUGACCCCUAUGGCUGCUCCUGUGCCAGUGGAUGGCAUGGGCCAGACUGCGACAGAGAGUGCAGGAAAGAUUUUUAUGGACCUGGAUGUAAACUUGCCUGUAAAUGUAAAAAUGGAGGCACCUGCAGCCGAUUCAGUGGCUGUCAAUGUCCAACAGGCUGGCGUGGUCAACACUGUGAGAAGUCAAAUGAACUGCCACACAUCCUGGAGAUGCCCUACAAUUUCGAGUGGAACCAGAAUUCCUCCCCUAAGCUUUCCUGCUCUGCAUCAGGGAAUCCCCUGCCUGUUCAUGGCAGCAUCGAGCUGAGGAAAUUAGAUGGAAUCAUUUUAAAGGCUAUCAAGACCAUCACAGACUCCAACAACAGCACGGCGCUCUUCGAGAUUGGUCAGCUGACACUAGAGCAUGAUGGGGAGUGGGAGUGCCGGGUCUCUACCAAUGGUGGACAGGAUGCUCGCAAGUUCCAACUGACUGUGAAAGUGCCCCCCGUCCCAACAAAGCCACCCAGGCUGCUGGAGAAGAGCAGCAAAUACCUGGUGGUUGAGCCAGGAGAUGACCACCAAGGAGACGGACCGAUUGUUUCUACGCGGCUUCACUAUAAGCCCAAGGAUAGUGGCGCGUCUUGGUCCUCCAUCAUAGUGGACAACACAGAGCCAAUAAAACUGUUCAACCUCAAACCUUCCACGAGCUAUCAAAUCCGAGUCCAGCUCACUCGGCCUGGUGAAGGAGGCGAAGGGAAGGAAGGUCCAGAAGCCAUCCUGAAGACAGACUGUCCAGAGCCCACGGUGAAACCAGUAAUCGACCUUCUCACAGUAGAAGACAGAAACACUCUUGCUCUCAGCUGGAGUCUCCCAGUGGACAACAGCUCAGCCACCGGAUUCAGAGUUAGGCUCUAUGGACCAUCCAAGGACACGGUAAACCAGGAGAAGCGCUUCCCAGUACAGGUCCGCUCAGCCAAGUUUCCCAAUAUGGAAUACAACAUCAAUGUGGAGGUGGAAGUGAUACUUGUCAACUGCGAGAGUCUGGGACCUCCUUCAGAACGGAAGACAAUAUUUAUCAAAAGCCAAGGCCCCUCCUGUCCACGGGACGUUCAGGCGACGGCACUCUCCCUGAGCACCAUCCACCUGACAUGGAGGCCCCCCAUUGACUCCAACGGCGGCAUUGUCAAGUACAUCAUUGAAUACCGGCAGGUGGAAUCGUUCAGUCUGCUCCAGUGGCUGGACACCGACGACGGGAACAAAACCAGCAAGGAUGUGACAGGACUGAACAGCAGCACACGCUACCAGUUCCGCGUCCGAGCCCACACCAAGGUGCCUGGAGAGUGGAGUGCCCCAGUCUGGGCUUCGACGAUGGGCGACGGAACCUUAAGUUUUACCCCGACCACUCAGGGGGUGGAAGGCUUGCCAGGAGGUAGUGGCUACCAGCUGAUCCUGGCCAUAGUGGGUUCGGUGUCAGUCACUUGUGUCACCAUACUACUGGCUCUGCUUGCACUCUUCUGCAUCCGCAAGAACUUCUUCAAGCGCCGAAGGACCUUCAGCUACCAGUCGGGAUCUGGAGAGGAGACCAUCUUGGAGUUCAACUCUGGCACCCUGACACUGACCCGUCGGCAGAAAACACAGUCGGAGCCCCUUUCCUAUCCCAUCCUGGAGUGGGAGGACAUCAAGUUUGAAGACGUCAUUGGAGAGGGCAACUUCGGCCAAGUCAUCAAAGCCAUGAUUAAGAAAGAUGGCAGCAAAGUGAGCGCUGCUGUUAAAAUGUUAAAAGAAUUUGCCUCUGAGAACGACCACCGGGACUUUGCCGGAGAGCUGGAGGUCCUGUGUAAACUCGGCCACCAUCCCAACAUCAUCAACCUGAUAGGAGCUUGUGAGAAUCGAGGUUAUCUCUACAUUGCCAUCGAGUAUGCCCCCUUCGGAAACCUUCUGGACUUUCUAAGAAAGAGCAGAGUGUUAGAGACGGACCCGGCAUUCGCAAAGGAGCACGGCACGGCCUCCACCCUGACGUCCCAGCAGUUGUUGCAGUUUGCUGCAGACGUGGCUACGGGAAUGCAGUACCUCAGUGAAAAGCAGUUCAUCCACCGAGACCUGGCUGCCAGAAACGUACUGGUUGGUGAAAACCUGAUGGCCAAAAUUGCGGAUUUUGGACUUUCCAGAGGAGAAGAAGUGUACGUCAAAAAAACAAUGGGCCGAUUACCAGUGCGGUGGAUGGCGAUUGAGUCCUUAAACUACAGCAUCUACACAACCAAGAGUGACGUAUGGUCUUUCGGAGUUUUGCUGUGGGAGAUUGUCAGCUUGGGAGGGACCCCUUACUGUGGGAUGACCUGUGCGGAGCUCUACGAGAAGUUACCUCAAGGCUACAGAAUGGAAAAACCGAGGAACUGCGAUGAUGAGGUGUAUGAGAUGAUGAGGCAGUGCUGGAGGGACCGUCCAUACGAGAGGCCCACCUUCGCUCAAAUCUCCAUGCAGCUCAACCGAAUGUUGGAGGCCAGAAAGGCCUACGUCAACAUGGCUCUGUUUGAAAAUUUCACGUACGCUGGAAUCGAUUCGACGGCCGAGGAGGCAUGAUGAUCUCGGAGCUGAUGAAGGCUGGCCCACCACUCACACUCCACCAGACCUUUGACUUCUGGAUUGUAUGAAGGAUAGCCAUGGAUAAAGAACCACACGAGUCUCCCCGAGUAAAGCUGUCCUGCCAACUCUGCCCUCCAUAGGACUUACAAGGGCAAAGACCAGGCAUGGUGACACAAGUGGCUCGAUUGAAUAUUGAUGUACAUUGUGACAUUUGGACUGGAAGAUAGGGAACGUCCCUGUGGUCCGACUUCACUUACACUCUUCAUCUCAACAUGGACCUCCUACAAUGUCUGCUCUGGGAUUCUGCUCCAGGAGUAUUUUCUGGAAUAAUCUCCACUGUGGACUUACACUUGUGGAAUAAUUCCGAUGGAACUUGUUCUUUGUGGUCUCACUCCUAAGGAGUUCUACCAUCCAGUGAGGACUUACUCUCACGACGUGAACUUCAAGCUAAGGAGUUUGUUCAUUAAAGGCUCAUUCUUAAGGAGAUCAUCCACGCUAGGCAUGUCAAAUAAGCCGGAGGGGUUUGUCCUUUGUGGACUUCCUUGUAAAGACACCAUGUGCAUUGUGGCCUUACACUCAUUUAAUCAUUCCCAACAUGGACUUAAUCCAAAUGAAAUCCAUAAGGGGCCAUGCCUGCCACUGUAGUGUAGAUGAUAUAUUAACGAUGGUGGAAUGAUUUUUACCUGAGGACAACAUUCCUUCCAUGAAUUUAAGCCUGACGAACAUGUCCAUUGCGGACUCACUCUUGGGGGAGUAAAAUCCAUCUUGGACAUCCAUGGUGCUGUGCCAUUUUACCAAAUGGGCAGAACAUUUGGAGACCAUUGUCCUAUGAGCAGGAGGGUAAGAGAUAGAAGAUCUGAUCUACGUUGAGUAUGAAGAAAAAAGCGGCGGGCACAGCAUUCUGUAGAAAAAACAAAAAACUGGAGCCACGCAAAAGUGACCUGCCAGGUCACCUACCUCCAGGUCUCUUUCCACGUUCCUGUGAGGGCGGGAUGAGUGGGCAACACUGGCCGUGUCCAGACUUCCACCACUCGAUGAGGUGGCACAUGAGAUGAGGUGAA